ACAAGGACAAAGAACCAAGAAGGAUGUUGGCGCAGAAGAACGACAUCGCGCUUGCCGAGCGGCUCUCGUACGUGGCGUCGCUCGACGUCCAGGCCGGCGCCAAGGGCGACGACUACGAGGGCGUCAAGACCCCUUUGGAUCUCGAAGACGGCGCCCUCCGCGAAGGCGGCGCCCCCGUCUACUCGUCCCCCGAAGUGAUGGCGCUCGUGUUCCAGUACGCGGUCAUUGGUGUCGUCUACGGCGGCCUCUCCUACAUGAAGUACCCGAUCCUCACGGGCUACUUCCAGCUCGAAGGCAACGUGCUGAGCUCGGCGUCGGCGCUCAUGAGUCUCGGCUGGUCGCUCAAGGUCUUCUUCGGCAUGCUCACCGACUGCUUCCCGAUCGUUGGCUACAACCGCAAGCCGUACAUCUUCAUCGGCUGGCUCCUCACGGCCAUCAUCCUCGUCUUCCUCGCGAUCCGGCCGGCCGGCGACGACGCGUCGAUUGACGCCGAGAACGCAGCCUCGAACGGCGCCGUCCUCGCCCUCCUCUGCGCCGUUGCUUGUUUCUCGUACAUCAUGGCCGACGUUGCCCAGGACGCACUCCUCGUCCAGUACGCCCAGCGCGAGCCGGAUGCUGUCCGCGGCCGCCUCCAGUCGAUGAUCUACGCCGUGCGCACGGUGCUCAUGGCUGUCAUGGCCGCCAUCUCGGGCUUCUGCCUCAACUCGACGCGCAUGACCGGCGACUACGACUGGGACAUUGGCGUCAACGGGUACUUUUGGAUUCUGGCGAUUCCGUCGGCCGUCAACGUGCCGGUCGUGUGGUUUUUCCUCAAGGACACAAAGAAGGCGGCGGUGCCGGUCGGUGUCUACCUCCAGCAGUUCUGGGACCUCGCGCAGAAGCGCGUCGUGUGGCAAGUCAUGAUCUUCAACUUUAUGUUCUCGCUUUUCACGUCGUACAUCGGGUCCACCGCGGGGCCGUACGUCUCUCUCUACUGGGCCAAGGUCGAGAACCUCAACUCGUCCAUCAUGAGCAUCGUCGGCUCCAUGAUCUUCGCCGUCGUCCUCGUCGCCACCGGCAGAUACGGCACGCACUGGAACUGGCGCUACGUGCUCGUGAUCACGACCAUCUCGGCCAACGCGAUUGAUGCGAUUGUGCAGUUCAUCACGGUCUUUGACCUCUUCCGCAACCAGUGGUUCUACCUCGGCGUGCCGCUCACGGAGCAGCUCCCGGCUGGCAUCGGCUUUGUCAUUGGCACGUUUGUGAUCGUGGAGUUGGCCGAACCCGGCAACGAGGGCGUCAUGUACGGUCUCCUCACGACGAUCACGAACCUCCCGGGUGUCUUCGGCCCGAUGAUCACCAACGUCGUGUGCGGGCAGUUUGACGUCUCCAAGGCCGACAUCAAGACCGACACGGACCACGUGCGGUCGCAGGUCGCGUACACGUACAUCUUUGCCUACUCGAUGACGGUCAUCGGCUGCCUCUGGGUCUUCCUCCUCCCCAACCAAAAGGCCGCCGUCAUGGAGCUCAAGAAGACGGGCGGCAGCUACCCGCGCGUGGCGGUCUUUAUUUUCUACGCCUUCUUCGCGAUCCUCGCGACCUCGAUCACGGGCACGAUGGCGUCCAUGUUCGAGUCGACGGGCUGCACCAAGAUCGCCGGCGGCAAGGGCUGCCCCGAAGGCACGUCGCAGCUGUACCUCCUCGGAAUCUUUGUGCCCUGCGGCCUCGCGCUCCUCGCGAUCGCGGCCAAAGCCUUCUACGCGCGCUAAACAGCGAAAUAGUGUCUCGAUGCGGAUGAGACAAAAUAGCCUAUGUAAUCCUUAAAUUUUGUGUUGUG